AUGGCCAGAUGGGUCGAGUGUGCAAAUUUCUGCUGGAUGGCAGUUGCUAAAUCCCCAACUCUGUUGAAUUUCAACCCGUCGAACUUUUCGUUAUAAUUUUUCAAGUUCAAAAAUGUAUCGGCAGUGAACGGUUGAAUUUUUUUCGUGUUAAAUAUUUUUAUCCUAUUAAGUUUUAACGAUAGAAUAACGAAAAUGCCCACAUGACAGUGCCAGGAUCAAGCUUAAAAUGAUAUAAAUCCUUCGCGAAACCAAGAGUUCCUGUCAAAGUAGUUCAAGAGAAAAAUCAUAAUUUUCAAUUAAUUUUGAUCAUAUCAAAAUGUCAAAUCAAGAAGAAGCUGGAUCAAGUUUAUCAAGAGCAACUAAUCCUACUUUGAUGGAAGGAAUAACCAGUACAAUGGAGGAAAAAAAUAAUGACUAUAUGUGUCCUGUCUGUUUUGAAUUUAUAGAAGAAGCCCAUGUUACAAGAUGUGGUCAUACUUUUUGCUACAAGUGUAUUAUCACGUCAAUACAGGCUUUGGGUAGAUGUCCAAAGUGUACGAUUUGUUUAGCGCAACAUGACAUAUUUCCAAACUUUCUAUUAAAUGAAAUAAUUGCCAAGUACAAACAAUGUGCCAAAAGUGUAGAAGCAUUGGACCGAACUUUGUUGGGUAGCAAAAGUAAAGGAAAAUUACUUUCCAUGGAUUCUACAACAUCAUGUUUAUCUGAUAGUUUAAAAAGUUUUAUUACCUCCGAUAGUACAAAUCUUAGUUUACCUGAUGUUAAUGCUAUGUUGGAAGUACUUACGCAGCGUAAAAAUUUAUUAGAAGCUGAAUCAUGCUCAGCCCAAAAUAAAUUACUUUAUGAAUUUUUGAAACACCUUUUAAAUCAAAAGAAGCAGGAGUGCACUCGUAUACAAAGAGAAAUAGCCAUUGUGCAGAGAGACAUGAGUGAAGUUGAAAAUAUUCUAAAUAGUUUGCAAAAAAAUUGUCCUACAGUUGAAGACAUCCAACAAACUACUGAGUUUAAUACAGUUCAAGCAAAAGUAUUUAAAAAUGAAAUAAUAAACACACUAAAUGGUAUGGAUUCCAAUGGGCCCGCACAGGAAGGUGAUAACAAGGUAUCCGGUGUACCAAGCAGUCAGAAUAAAUAUAGUAUAGCAGUGAAUACGAUGCUGGCCGCAAGAAAACGAAGGAUGCACCAGCACUUUGAUGAUUUUGUACAGUGCUAUUUUGACAGUCGAGCGAAGGAUGUAACUUUUGGCAGCAAUCUUCCAGAAUACGAAUCGAACAAUGCCACAGGAUUGGACAGUUUUCGCGACGACCUCGUGAAAUUUUCGCGCUACAACUCUCUCAAGCCUCUGGCCACGCUGAACUAUUCUUCCGAUAUAUUUUACCAUUCGACCAUUGUUUCCAGCAUCGAAUUCGACAAGGACAACGAGUUCUUCGCCAUAGCCGGCGUGACCAAGCGCAUCAAGGUGUUCGAUUACAACACCGUGGUACAGGGCAACGUCGAUCUUCAUUAUCCCUGCAUAGAGAUGACGUCGAGCUCAAAGAUAUCCUGCGUGUCCUGGAAUUCCUUUCACAAGUCGACCCUGGCCUCGUCCGAUUACGAGGGCACCGUGUCGAUCUGGGACUCUGUCACCGGCCAGAAGACCAAGGCCUAUCACGAGCACGAGAAGCGCUGCUGGUCCAUCGACUUCAACGACGUGGACACGAGGCUCAUUGCCUCGGGCUCGGACGACGCCCGGGUCAAGCUCUGGUCGCUCAACAUGGACCACUCGGUGGCCUCGCUCGAGGCCAAGGCCAACGUAUGCUGCGUCAAGUUCAACCCGGAGAGCUCGUGUCAUCUGGCCUUCGGCUCGGCCGAUCACUGCGUGCACUACUACGAUCUGCGCAACAUGAAGGAGCCCCUCAGUCUGUUCAAGGGCCACAAGAAGGCCGUGUCCUACGUCAAGUUCGUCAACAAGAACGAGCUCGUCUCGGCCAGCACCGACUCCCAGCUGAAGAUGUGGAACAUCAAGAAUCCCAACUGCCUGAGGUCGCUGGUUGGUCACGUGAACGAGAAGAACUUCGUCGGCCUCGCCACCGACGGCGACUACGUCGCCUGCGGCUCCGAGAACAACGCCCUGUACGUGUACUACAAGGGUCUGUCGAAGCAGCUGUUCUCGUACAAAUUUUUCGCGGCCAAGAGCAUCCUCGAGGUGCAGGAGAGGCGCGAGGACGACCUCAACGAGUUCGUCUCGGCGGUCUGCUGGAAGCAGUCGUCGAACGUCGUCGUGGCGGCCAACUCGCAGGGUAUCAUUAAAAUCUUGGAGCUCGUUUAAGUGUGCACUCUGCAUAGGGCCCUCCUAUAAGUCUGUCUGUCUGUCUGUUUGUGUAUGUAUGUGUGUAAUACAGAAUGCGAGUAUAGAAAAUCGGACGAUAGUCGUAGUAAUUGGUGGUGUGUGAUAAAUUGAUAUAUACGAGACGGAUAUUAUAUUUUUGUAACCGCGCGCAGGGAUCACCCGUCCCACCGAUCCACCCAUGUAUAAAUGUAAAUGUACAAAACGAUUUUAUGAAUUCACGCCCGCGAAUCGAAUUAUUUAAACCGCGCUUUAGACAAACAAGAAGGAACGAAGAUUAUGUUCGAUGAAUUGUAUUUUUGUAUAUUAUAUUAUAUUGUUAAAGCUCAAUUACGCUAAAAUUUGAGUUCUCCGUGUACAAUUUGACGAGUGUGUCUCUUUCGGCACGCGUUAUAGAACAACAACAACAACAACAACAAAAACCGAACUCGAGUGUGAUAGUAACGAUUUAGCAAUCAACGAUACGUGCUGUUAAAUACAUGUCGGCCUACAGAAUAUAUAACUACACGAACUUUCAAAAUGUCUUACACUGGCGAUUCUGAUGUUAUUCGAAAAAAUAAAGCUUUAAGCUAACGUCAACGGUAUCUCUUUCAAAGUGAUAAAUACUACAAAAUUUCGAAAAAAAAUAUAAAUAUAUUUAUGAGUGACUUCAAAAAAUCACUUUUCACUAGUUAGAUUAAUUAAUUCAAGCUUGCAACUAUUAAUCGAGUAGAAUAAUAUACGGAGUCGUUUCAAUGGAAUAAUAAGUGUAUGACGAGAAAGGAAAAUGCAAUACAAAGGUUAUCUAUAUAUAUGAAUAUUAAAAUUAAAAUUUAUAUUAAUAAACGAAGAGUACCGAAAAAUAUGUAAUAACAAGUGAGAAUUUUCAAUCUCCUACUAUAAUUAAAAAAAAAAUCGAACAAAGAUUAGGGAAAUACAAGUCGAUGUCAAAUUUAUUUUUAACUUUUUAAACAAGCAGUAAAAAUAUUAUUAUGCUAUAGACCUUUUUCCUUUUUGGCUUGAUUCGCUUCAAGGUUGAAAAUUUAAGUUUUAUUUCGUGAUAGGUGUAUAGUGCAGUUCGUGGCAAUUAGAUGAGAAACAAUUGUUAAAUUCAAAGUGGAUGUAGUGAAUCGGUGUAGACUUUCAAAAUAUCCUAAUGUAAAUGUAUGUAUGCACAACCUUGAAAUGUAUUACAUUAAAAUAUCAUUGACUCAUGAAAAUCAUUGAACAACAAUCGGUUUCAAUUGUCGCGAAAUUAAGUUUACGAAAAUAAUUUUCAUGUUGUUUAAAAUAAAUAAAAUUGGCCGUUAUAUUGUA